CUUGCCGCGACGCAAACUCAGCACCUUACAAUCUUUUCUUCGCGCGUGCAAUGCUGUGCGACGCUCAUGGCACCUCGAGGUGAUACUGCGACGGAAGGACAUAAUGGCUAAUUCCAAAUACGAAUAUGUGCGCUCCUUUGAGCAGCCGGACAUUUUACUAGCCAACACGUGGAUUGUGGUGAGGAUUGAUGGGAGGGGUUUUUCAAAGCUCACGACGAAAUAUAAAUUCGCCAAACCAAAUGAUCGGCGGGCUUUAGAUCUCAUGAAUGCGGCGGCGGAGGCCGUGAUGAAAGAGUUACCGGACCUGGUGCUAGCGUAUGGGAACAGCGAUGAAUUUAGUUUCGUCUUCCAUAAGGAUUGUGUGCUGUUUGAACGGAGGGCUAGUAAAUUAACGACCACAGUUGUCUCGACUUUCACGUCUUGUUAUACUUUCUUCUGGCCGACAUAUUUUCCGGACAGUCCGCUCACACCCCCACUGCCGAGUUUUGAUGGUAGAGCUGUGUGCUAUCCGAGUGAUCAAAACUUGAGGGAUUAUAUGAGUUGGAGGCAGGUUGAUUGUCACAUCAACAACCUCUAUAACACGACAUUCUGGGCGCUUGUUCAACAAGGCAACAUGGAUGCCAGAUCGGCAGAACAAGAACUUGCAGGCACUGUCUCAUCUGAGAAGAACGAAAUUCUCUUCUCCCGCUUCGGAAUCAACUACAACAACGAGCCCGAUAUCUUCAAGAAAGGGAGUGUCCUGUAUCGAGAUUUCUCCCCUCCUUCAAUUCACUCAUCGCCCACCCCUCCUCGCUCAACAACCUCACCACCACCGCUCUCCCAUCCACGCCCGAUGUCUCAACCACUCACCUCUUCCAUCCUCCCGAAAGAAUCAUCGACAAGCUCAGACCCCUCAACACCCCACGGUCCAACAUUUCUCUCAACGUCAACAACGCCGUCUCCACCCCCAUCUCCUCCAUCCCACUCAAUUCCCGCCUUCCCAGCCGCCCUCUCUUUUCCCCAAAAUUUCAUGCCAAUGCCUCUACCGUCAGCUCCCAUCUCCAAGCAGCCUCUUCCCCAGCUAACCCCCAUCCCUCUCCCACCCCCAACUCUCCGACCCACAAACCGCCCACCCCCAUCCCUCAACCCACCAAACCCCACAGCCCACACCAACACCUCUCCCGCCCCGUCCCCAAUCGCCCCACUCCCAAUCCCAAACCGCACAUCCUCAUCCCCACCCUCGCGCUCCGGAAAGUUCAGCUCUCACUCCGCAAGUGCAUCUCUCAGUCUCGCCGGAAGCAGCACUUCGAUGGCAACUGCAGCCACGCACAACAACCUUAACGCCGCAAUGUCCAUGUCCAUGUCGCUCCGACCUCAAACCGCAACAGCCUCAACCUCAAAACACACGCUCAAACGCCGGAGCCCGAGUCUCAGUAUCCUAGAAGGCGCCCCCGAGAUCCCAUUGCGGAUUUCGAGCAUCCCGCUGAACAACAAACCGCGGAAAUUGAGCUUGCCAAGCCAAAAGAGUUUUGGGACAUUGAAGGUGAGGGAAAAAGAGAGUGGCGGUGAGGAGGAGAAUGGAAAUGGGAAGGGAGGCAAGGGCCUGAAAGAAAGUCCCCCACUACCAACAAGCGGGGCGCUAGGGCGCAUGAAAGAGCUACCAUCGCCGCCAAUUGAUAGCUUGCAAGCAGACUCGGACGCUUCUGUACCCUUAAGCCCGGGUCAAGGCAGGGUGUCAGCGUCACCGGGACUCGGAAGUGGUGGGGAUCGUGAGAAACCUCUCCCAGAGCUUUUAUCAAACAAUCUACAUUCCGAUCCCAAUACCAGCCCCCCGGUCCCAGAGAAGUCGAGCCAACGGACUACACCGCCAUUGCAUACCAGGGCUGGAUCUGCGCCACUGAAUCAGACUUCAUCUUCAUAUUUCCCUGUUUCAUCUAUAUCCCAGACCGCAUCUUCUCAAACGCCUACAACUACGAAACCCUCGAAAUCUCAAUCUCAAUCCAAAUCAACAUCCAAAUCAAAGUCUAAUUCUAAGCCCAAAGCCGCACCUGGGAUACCCGAAUCCGGAUCCUGGGCAGCUGGUACCCAAACGUCGGAGAUGAGUAAGACGGCGAAGGAUCGGGAUCGGAAGAAGAGGCAGCGAGCCCGUAUUGUGGUCGAGCAUGUUGAUGUUAUCAAAGACGGAUUUUGGGAGAAGAGGCCUUGGAUUCUGAGUGGGAGGACUGGGUGAUGAGUAUGCGUGCGCGCUAGGGAGAAGGGAGGGGCGAGUUGGUGAUAUUGUGCGAUCGUUCUGGGUUUGUAUAAGGGGAUAGAGAUAGGCGAGGGAUAGGGUAACACAGUGCAGGGGGCCUGCCUUACCUGUACGAUUGAUGACUGUCCAGAGAGAGUGGACUGACGUUUAUGGAUUCCAAGUUGAGAUGAUAGAUGAUUUAUCUUCUUUUUCUUUACUGUAAUUCUACUA